GCGCAUUAUUCUGCCAGUGAAAAACGCUAAAGUUUCAAGGAAUUAGGUUCUGUUAAAUAAAGAAGAAUUAUUUAUACUUCAACGUAUAUACACCUUAUCAACGUAUGAUGAACAUCAAUUGACAUAUGCGUAUAGAGGUGACAAAGUUAAAGGGAAAAGAUAAAAUAAACAGGAAAUACACAACGGGUUAAAUAACAGAAAACUAAACGACGAGAAGAAAAGUUUCUGCAAUAAUAAAAAUAUUCAAGUCGAGUGUCAAGUCUGUGGCAAUAAACAAUGCAGGAAGAGCAAAAAAAUACUCCAAAAUUAGGAACAAUUCGAAAAAUUCGCAAUGCAAGUACACCAGACGUUGCAAGAAAUCUGUCGGAUACUACCUUAUCUGCUUUACAUAAUAUUUCUAGAGUCACUUCUCGUAGUAGAGUAACUUUGAUGUCGAGUGAUAUUGCACAGUUACAGAAAGUGCCAAGAAAGAAGAUUGUUGUAGACAAACAGCCAAUUAUGCCAUCACAGAUAAUAUUGGAUGCACAAAAGAAAAUGGAUAGUGAAGAAUUAGAGCUUGGACUUCUUUACGAUGAAUAUUUACAAACUAUGAUGAUGGAUCUCAUAAUGAAAAAGAAGAUUCUAGAGAAAAAGCGUCUAAUGAUCAUGCAAAUGGCUGCCAUAGCACAAGAGAUUGAUCAAGAUACACAAAAAUUGAUUAAAAUUAAAAUAAGAGAACGGGAUAUAAUAAAUUUAAGUUUAGCACAAAAAGAAGCAGAUGUUCAACUGAUUGCAAUGACAAAAUAUACUGAAGAUGAAACAUAUAAGGUUGUAAAAAAUAUGUUGUCCAAGUUGUACUUUCUCUUGGAACCUCUGGAUGUAUUGCGAUGUAACGGCAUAAUACUUCCUGAAACACAAACUGAAUGGAAAGAGACUGAAGAAAUAUUAAAUAAAUGUUCAAAUGUUUUAAGAAACACUGCAAAUCUAAUAGGAUCGAAAGGCGAAAUAUAUUGUGCUGUUAAUGCUGGAUUAAAGAAUUUUACCGAAACAUGUGAUGAAAUAAAACAUCUUCAAAAAAAAUUGGAAGAAGCACUGUGCAAUUUACAAGUAUUGAUGUUGAAAAAUGCUUCACUUUCCCUGGCAUGCGAUGAUAAAUGCGUGAAUAAAUAGAGACAUGUUGGAAUUGUUUGAAAAAAUAGAAUUA